UGUUAUGCAGUCUCACUUUGACUCAAACUUUGAGUCUGUUCACUACACCUUUCACUACCCAAAUCUGUGUUUUCUUCUACUCACUUUUCACCCUAUUUGCAUAACUGAUUGAAAUCUUUUGGACUAUUGUUUUAUCGCCGUGUAGCGAAAAUGAGCAUUAUAAUUCGUGAAAGCGACGAUUCGGGCCGAAACCAUGCUACCUAUAUCCAAACCACUGAGACGAUCCGACAGCAGCAAGAAACAUCGCGAUUGAGCAGCAACUGGGUCGAGUUUUUUCGAGGCAUUUUUCUACCUGCGGGGUAUCCUGCAACCGUCUCGCCAGACUAUUUACAAUGUCAAAUCUACUACGGAGUCCAAGCUUUCUGUAGCUCUCUUGCAGGUCUAAUUGCAUCUAGAGCUGUGCUCGAAGGGCACGGUAUUGGAAAAGCAGACGCUUCUGCAACGGAUGCAAUGCUCCUGACUUUGCUCCAAGACGCUUUCAGUCGCCUAACUACAAUUCUGGGAGCGUACUAUCUCGGCACGUCACUCUACCCCGAAGCGAAGACCUACCGCCUUGUAGCAGACAUAGCCAACGACGUGGCUAUCGUCCUCGACCUCCUUUCCCCACAGCUCUCAACAUACUCACUUUCAUUGCAUUACCCUUUCAUCACUUCUCAAUCAAGUUCAGCAUUACGUACCGCUGCGUUGUGUUCCAGCGGCGGUUUUCGCGCACUUUGCGGUGUUGCUGCUGGUGGGUCUAGAGCUGCACUGACGCUCCAUUUUGCUCAAGACGGAAGUAUACCUGGUGACGUUGGCGACUUGAGUGCCAAAGAUGCGAGCAAGGAGACCGUACUUGCCCUUAUCGGGAUGUUGGUUGGUUCUCUUAUUAUUCCGCACCUCCAUACGGCGCAAGCGACCUAUACGGUCGUGUGCAUACUGUUGAUCGGUCAUCUUUUGGCAAACUAUAUCGCUGUUCGAGUCGUCAUUAUGAAGGCCUUGAAUCGACAGCGAGCAGCCAUCCUCUGGACAGCAUAUCGCGAGACCACAGAAGGUAAUUUCAUCUCGAAAUGCUCAACGUUCAUCUGGAAAGCACUCAUUGCUACAAUACUAGAUGAGAAAGGACCCUGUCGACGAGUACUUAUGCCGAAAGAAGUCGCCAAACGGGAGUACUUAUUUGGUCGCGAGAAUGCUCUCUUGAACAUCCACUCACACACCGACGAGAUCGCAGGGUACGCCACAAUUGGGUCAUCCUUCUCCGAUCUCUUUCCGUCUUCUCCACUCAGAGGAGACGCAACCUGGACCUCAAAGCUACUCGAUGUAUUCGCAGACGAGAAGUUCAUUGUCUGGUUCGACCUUCGACCCUCUAUAUUCUCCAUCUUCCCCCUUUCUCUAGUAGUUCGAGCCUCACCUAAACCACGAUUCCACAUCCUACUGAAGGAAGGUCACACCUCAACUGAUCAUCUCAAAGCUUGGGCAUUUACUUGUGAUCUUGCCUCGUUCUCUGGCAUUGGUUACCCUUGGGAGAGCCCAGUAGGGCUCGUUAAAGAGAUUGAAUAUGUGAAGGUUGCUUUUGACGAGGCCUAUGAAGGGUUCGUAGAUGACGUGAAAAGAGCCGGGUGGAAUGUUGAUGUACAGGGUUUAGUUUCUGGUUCUCCGAGGGUGAUCUCGGUGGAGAAGAUUGAGCAUGGAGCAAAGGGGUAUGAAGACAAGAAGACAAUCUAAGUUAUUAUGGACCUUAUGGUACUCACUUGCUUAUCGAAGCUCACAUCUAGAUUGAUACAUGUAAAAUAGGCUCUUGCUUUAGAGACGGACGGAGGCGAAGGAUGUUGGUGGCAGAAGUGGAGGGUAUAUUGUUGUACAGAUACUAGACGCAUAGAUUUUACUUCUCGUAACCUCAACGCGGAACCUGCAUGUUCUCACUUCGAUAGGGGAGGCGUGCUUCCGAACAAAACCGCGGCCAGAGCAGGAGGGUACCUAUCACCUUGCCCGGCACUGGCUAUGUUCACAAGACCCCGAAUCUGCUGGACUUCAUCCGUCGUGAGCUUCACCUUGAGCGCUCCGAGGUUCUC